AUGUGGUAUACGUCACCGUAUUCAAUGUUUUCUUAAAUAGUGAUUAUAAUAAUGUAUUUGUUAACAGUUUUAUUCGAUGGAGCAUGAUAUUAUGAAAGCUUAUUGAAUUAUGAUAACAAAAUGACGUGGUGAGUAAAUGACAUUACUAAUAAUCGUGUGGUUAUAGGUUAUAACAUUUAUAAAUCACAAUUAUUACAAUACGUAUGUAUUAUAAUAUAUACAGGAAUCCUUUAAAGAAAAAUCAUUUAACACAGAGGCCUACAUCAGCAUCACCUUUAUUAACCCAUUCAGAAGACAGAGAGUUAGAUAUCGCUGUUCAAAGACUAAUUUAGUAUGUUUAUUACUAUAUUUGCCGUUAUUUUACUUAAACUUUAUGUAACUGAAAAUUUUGAUAAUUGCUUUUCUCAAGUGUUGAAGAUACAAUAAGAAAAUUAACAAAAGAAAUGAAAAAGUACAUAGAAGCUGUAACAAAUCUAGAUCGUGUAGACCAAAGAUUAACAUUGAAUCUAACAACUUGUGGCUUAGCACAUCUUAAUGAUGAAUUCAGGAAAGUGGUAGAAAAUUAUCAUUCAGUGACGACACAAAUUGGAAAAACAGUGCAAGAAAUGGCAGCUCUCUGCCAAAAAACUUUUAUAGAACCAUUAAAAAAAUUACGCGAUGAAUUCGUACUGAUAGCCGCAGCAAUUGCUAAACGCGAGGAGCUAGUAACGAUUUGGAAAUACUCUUAUAAUCGUGUUAAAAAAUUGCAAGAAAAAAAAGAUAGAACUGCUAGUCACAUCGCGAAAUUAGAAAGAGAACGCAGGGCAGAAGAGACAGCUGCUAAGGACUUGAAAACUGUACAUGCUCAAUUACUUAUAGAAUUACCCAUGUUUUUAGAUAAGAGGUUGGAAUAUAUUAAACCUAGCAUACACGCUUUGAUCAUGAUACAAUUAGAUUACUAUGGAAGUACAACGCACUUAUUUACGCACUUAAUGCCAAUACCAAACGCUUCAAGAUCAUCGCCGAGUACCAUGAUACCUGAAGAUGAAUAUCAAGAAGCAGUGGCUAAUCAAAUGAAUAGAAUAAAAGCUCUUACAAUAGUUAAAGAUCAUUAAGAAUCAUAAAAAUUUGUCAAAUAAAUGUGUUAACAAAGUUAUGAUAAUUUAAACACUGAAAAAAUCAAAAUCUGUAAAAUUAACAUAGGUACGAAUGUAUUUAUCACAUGGCAGUAUUUACAUUUAUAUUGUAAAAGUAUAGGUAGAUUUAUAAUGGAACCAUUCCUUGAUUUCGUUUCCACUGAGCACCAGAACGGCGAUUGUGAUUAGCCUGUUUCGCUUUCUUGACAUUUUUUUGCUGCCUGUUGUAUAAAACAUUUUUCUCUUGCCCCUGACCUUUAGGAUUGCCUACACAUAAGAAAAUAAACUUAGCGGAAUAGCGUAACUAUGUAUUAGAUUUUAUCGAACAUAUUUUUGUAAAAAUAACAUACCAACUACGUUUCCUGCAGUUUUUCCACUUCGCAUUUGUCGUCGCUGUUCCGUUUUAGCACGUAUCUCUUCUGGAUUUUGUACAAAACAGUCUUUUCCAUUUUGGUCAUUUCCUAUAUCUUCGUCUUCUGAUUCCGAUUCACUUACAAUUUCAAUUUUCUGCUUUUCGCGAAGAAUCUAAAAUAAUUACUCGUUAAUUUUUAUACAACUAUACUAUUAUUGUUAGUCUGUAAUUAAAUUGUAUGAAUACAAACUCUUGGUAUGGUAAAAGGUUUUAAAUCUACUUCAGUUGAAUCGUCCUGUGUACCACGUAUAUCAUUAUUAUCAUAAGUAUCGUCAUACUCGUCAUCGUAAACAUCUUCGACAAGGCUAUAACUGUAACAAAUUUUGUUUAUAUUUUUGUUAUUUACAAAUAAAUAUUUUUAUACGUAUUAAGUAUGUAAUUCAGAAUAAUUAUUUUAUACGUAUUAAGUAUGUAAUUCAGAAUAAUUAUUCUCCUUACUUUUUAGUUAUGUAUUCUUUAGGUAUAUCUAUAAUUUCAGG